AUGGAAAUGAAGAACAAGCCAAAUAAUGGAAACGAAGAUGGUCCGAAACAUAGCCAAGUGGUGAAGAUAAAGAAAGAAUUCGAAAAGAUAAGUCAGCCAUCGCUACAGCAACCGGAGAUGAGAAGGGUCCUCGCGGAAACCAAGAGGCGUCAACGUUCACGUUCACCUCUCGGCUUAGGAGAGAGAUCUAUUCCCGUUGGGGAUUAAUGUUCCAUCGUUCACCUUUGUAACCGAGAGAGACAGUAGUAGUAGAAGAAGAGCCUCCUUACGAGAGUUCUGAAUAGUUACAGUCUUGCAGACUUUGUUGUAUAUAUGACUCUGUUGUACUUGUAUGUGUCUUCAUGUAUAUACUCUUUGGUGUGAAUAUCAUCUAUGAAUCUCCCUUCCUUGCAGCGUAAA